AUGAUCAAGGACUUUGAUGAUAGACUGCACCAUUAUGGGCCUGAAAGACUACUUGCAGAACUACGCAGAAAGGUGUGGAUCCUUCGAGGUCGAGAAGCAGUCCAGAAACACCAAAGGAAGUGCAUCGAAUGCCAGAAGCUACGAGCAAGCCCAAAGUUGCCCAAGAUGGCAGAUUUGCCAAUAGCGAGACUUCGCCUACAUAAACCAGCCUUUUACUCCACUGGAGUUGACUGCUUUGGGCCUAUGAGGAUAAAACUGGGUCGUCGACAGUAUAAAAGAUGGGGAGUAAUCUUUAAAUGUAUGACGACUAGGGCAGUACAUCUUGAUCUCCUGAAAAGUAUGGACUCGGACGCUUUCCUGUUGGCAGUGAGAAGAUUCAUCGCACAUCAUGGUAAACCAUAUGAACUACUCUCAGACUGUGGCACAAACUUUAAAGGUGGAGAGAGCGAACUUCACGAUGCAUUCACUGCAAUGAAUCCUGAGAUUAACAGCCAGCUGUCCUCACAGAGAAUCCGAUUUCGGUACAACCCGCCAUAUGCUCCACAUUUCGGAGGCCUGUGGGAGCGGGAGAUAAGGUCAGUGAAACAGGGACUGUAUGCCAUAUUAGGGGAGCAAACCGUCACAGAAUCUGUGCUUAGAACAGUCCUUGCAGAAAUUGCCUCCAUCCUGAACUCAAAACCUCUAGGUUACGUGUCGAGUGAUAUAGCUGAUGUUGACCCUGUCACUCCCAAUCCACUCUUGCUUGGAAGAUGUGAUGCGUCACUCCCUCAAGUAGUUUAUCCUGAAGAUGAAUUGCUUGGGAAGAGGCGCUGGAGGCAUAGUCAGAUACUGGCAGAUCAGUUUUCGAAGACCUUCAUACGUAGAUAUCUGCCAUCACUACAGUCGCGUGGUAAAUGGCAGAAAGAUCGGGACAAUGUAAAAGAAGGUGAUGUAGUUAUGAUCGUGGACCCCCAGCAGAUACGUGCCAAGUGGUUGGUUGGACGAGUCACUGACGCGUUCAGUGGUUCAGACAGGAGAGUGCGCUCUGCCAGCGUCAGAGUAGGGGAACAAGACUAUCAGAGACCAGUAUCCAGAUUGGUAAAGCUGCCAGAUCUGGACAAUGAGUGA